UAAAAAAGCACAAGCCACCGAGCCCCCCGUGGCCCCUUCCCGGACCCUAGUGGCCGAUCCACCGUGGAGCAGCAGAAACUUUUCCCCCACUUGGUGUCCCCUCCCCCACCCCCCAGAGUGCUGAGGUCCUUGCGAGGCUCCGGGUAUGAAGUGUGUUGCUCCACCUUGAGAUUCCCGGAGCAGCCUCGGUUUAUCCUUCUGAUCAGCCUACGGGCCGAGGCCCGGCGCAUUCCUCAACAUGUAUUGGAUAGGUGGCGGUCGCAGUGGUCCCCGGGCCCCUGGCGUGGUGUGCUGCCGGCCUGGAGCCGGCUCCUGGUCUCUGGGAUGGGUUGGAACCAUUAGCUGUGUGUUUUAAAAGGGCUUGGUCUGAUUCGGUUCAGGUUGAUUCAAUUAUGUCUUCAUCGCUUUUGAGUUGGUUGAAUGACUUGACACGAGAUUAAGGCCCACAAAAGAAGAGGCAGGGUAACAACAGCUGCCGUCCAGGCCUGGGACUAGGUGGUGGGGGUCUUCGGGGGCCCCCAGCCACCUUCCCUUUGUAUGUGUCGGGAAGUCCUGGCCCGGUGCUCCUCCCCGCACUCCCUCCCCCGAAGUGGAUUGAGUGCCUUCAUGGAAGGCAGCUGAGACCGAAAAUUCCAGAUUUUAUACCACUUUGAAGGAUGAGUAAUCGGUCUAGAGUUUCUAAAAAAGCCUUUCGUGGAGUGACAAUUGCAGAGGAAGAACCCAUCGCUUUUUGUCUGAAAAAUCUAACAGUCAAGCCACUAGUUGGUGCUUGUUCAGUUAAUGUGUGCUAAGGACUGCGAAGGUUUCGGGAGUCCCUCGUCUCCACGCUGCUGGAACUGGCUUCCUGUGCAGCUGAGCCACGCACUCCACGGGGAUGGGGAGAGUGGAGGCUUCGUGCUGAUCUUCCUGGAACCUCGGCAUCUGGCAGCCCGUGCGCCUGUCUGUGGGAAGCCCCAGUGCCAUGUCCCAUCACUGAGCUGCCUAGAAACUUCCGAAGAUAAGAAGUUACAGGGGGUGCACACUUUCUUUUGAACUUCAUAGUUAGAUUUUGCCCUGGUGUUUGGAAGCCCAGGGCUGCUGGAGGUGUGGGUGACGCGUCUUACAAGUGGCCUUAUUCCCAAGCAGCGAUUCGCCAGCAGAUCUUGUAGCCUUACUGUGUGUCCAGCCCCCGAGCGGAAGGAAAGAUGCCAACUCAGUCCCUGCUCGUGUACAUGGACGGGCCGGAGGUGAUGGGCGGGUCCCUGGGCACCCAGAUAGAAGUGGAUGACGCCCUGUCCCUCAAAGGCGCCAGCGCCGUCCCUUUCAGAGCUUCUCAGGAGAAGAGCAUCGUCCACCUCGAAGGGUGCAUGCCCCUGGAUUGCAUGUUUUGCAGCCAGACCUUCACCCUGGCGGAAGACCUCAACAAACACGUCCUCAUGCAGCACCGGCCCACCCUGUGCGAGCCCGCGGUGCUGCGGGUGGAAGCGGAGUAUCUCAGCCCCCUGGAUAAAAGUCAGGUGCUAACAGAACCUGCCAAGGACAAGAGCUGCAAGGACAGCGAGGAGCUGAGCUGUGAGGUGUGCGGGCAGACGUUCAGGGUGGCUUUCGACGUGGAGAUGCACAUGAAGAAACACAAAGACUCCUUCACCUACGGGUGCAGCCUGUGCGGGCGGAGGUUCAAGGAGCCCUGGUUCCUUAAGAAUCACAUGCGGACGCACAGCGGCAAGUCGGGCACCAAGAACAAACUGCUCCAGGGCCUCGAGGGCCCCGUCACCAUCAACGAGGUGGUCCAGGCGCACUCGCCCGGCAGCGUCUCGUCUCCUUACAAGAUCUGCAUGGUGUGCGGCUUCCUGUUUCCCAGCAAGGAGAGUCUGCUGGAGCACAGCAAGGUGCACACCAAAGAGCCCGCUUCCGGUGGCGACGGCGGCGGCGGCGGGCUGCAGAGUGAGCCCGGGCCCCAGGGAAGCCCGGCCCCCCCGGAGGAGCUGCUGCAGUUCUUAAACCUGCGACCUCGGGCCCGCGGCGCGGAGAGCGGGAGGAAGGCCGGCGGGUGCAUCCCUCAGCUGGACCCCUUCACCACCUACCAGGCGUGGCAGCUGGCCACCAAGGGCAAAGUGGCCGUGGCCCAGGAGGAAGUCAAGGAGUCGGGCCAGGAAGGGAGCACGGACAACGACGACUCGGGCUCCGAGAAGGAGGAGCUGGGAGAGAUCUGGAGCAAAGCGGAAGGCUCGGGGAAGUCCAGGCCCAGUAAGAGCGGCUCCGCAGGCCUCUCGCAAGACAAGGAGAAGCCCCGACACGCGAGCGGUGAAGCGCCCUCGGGGGACACGGACGCCAAGGCGCCCGGCAGCAAGGAGAAGCCCACGCACUGCGCCGAGUGUGGCAAGGCCUUCCGGACCUACCACCAGCUCGUGCUGCACUCGCGCGUGCACAAGAAGGAGCGGCGCACUGGGGCCGAGUCGCCCACCGUCGCCGUGGACGGCCGGCAGCCGGGCACCUGCUCCCCUGAGCUGGCCUCGACGCCCGACGACGGUGCAGCUGCAGAGCGCGACGCCGGUGGCUCGGAGGACAGCUCUGAGGACGGGCUCCCCGAGGGGCUCCACGCAGAUAAAAAUGAUGAUGGAGGAAAAAUAAAGCAUCUCACAUCCUCGAGAGAAUGUAGUUAUUGUGGGAAGUUUUUCCGUUCAAAUUAUUACCUCAAUAUUCAUCUCAGAACGCAUACAGGUGAGAAGCCGUACAAAUGUGAAUUCUGUGACUACGCCGCGGCCCAGAAGACCUCGCUGAGGUAUCACCUGGAGCGACACCACAAGGACAAGCAGGCAGACGCCGUGGCCGCUGCGGCGGACACCAAGGGCGACAGCAAGAGCCGGGAGGGCGAGGACGCGCUCUUCCCUGCCGACAGCACGCAGACCAAAAACCUGAAGCGGUUCUUCGACGGUGCCAAAGACGUGCGAGGCAGCCCCCCGGCCAAGCUGCCCAGGGAGGCGGUCCCCGGCGGCGCUGCCCUCUGCCCGGCGCACACAGAAGCUCAGGAUUUCCCCAGGAGCGCGGCCAGCGCCGAGCGGGCCCCGGAGGGACCCCGCAGGAGGGCGGCCCCCGAGCCCCAGGCCGAGCUCCGCGCCAGCAAGCCGGAGGCGGCCGAGGGCAGUGCCGCCCGCCCGGGGGACGGGGCCCCCAGAGACAGGAGGACAGAGCCCGCGGCCGAGCCCAGGUGCAGGCCCGGCGCCGACUGCCAGGAGAAACCCUUGAAUCUGUCCCUCGGGGCCCUGCACCCCUGCUCAGCCAUCGUCCUGAGCAAAACCUUGAUCCCCAGCAUCACCUGCCCGUUCUGUACCUUCAAGACCUUCUACCCCGAGGUCCUGAUGAUGCACCAGCGGCUGGAGCACAAGUACAACCCCGACGCGCACAGGAACUGCAGGACCAAGGCCCUGCUGCGGGCCCGGCGCACCGGCUGCCCGCCCGCACUACAGGGCAAGGACGUGGCGCCCCUGCCCGGGCCGCACAAGCCCAGGGCCCGGCCCGCCCUCCCGGCGCAGCCCAAGACCCUGCCGCCCGAGAAGGGGCGCCAGGGGCCCUCGGGGGUGCCGGGCAAGGCGCCCCCGGCUCCAGGGAUAGACGCCAGCACUUUAGCCCCGAGCAAUCUGAAGUCACAGAGGCCCCAGCAGAGUGUCGGGGGCCCCGGAGCGCCCAGGCAGCAGCUGUCGGAGAUGUUCUCGAAAACCAGUGUUUCCCCCGCCCCAGACAAAAUGAAAAGGGCCGAGGCGAAGCCCAAACCCCUGGCCUCAGCCCUCGCUCAGCCCCCAGCCGGCAGCGGUGCCUCCUGUGACCUCACCCCGAGGGCCGAGGGCCCGUGGGCCACCCCGGGCAGGGACUAUCUCUGCCACCGGCACCCCAGCGGUGCCGCUGUGCCUGAGUUUGGGGAGCCCCUCCCCAAAAGACUGAAGCCUGGCGUGGUCGCCCUGGAUGUGGAGCAGCCGGGGCCACCCUGUAGGAGGCUCUGUGAGCUGCCCAAGUACCGCGUGGUCAGGGGGAUCACGACGCUGCUGCCGCAGGAGUGCGCCUGCCCGUGCCCGCCCAGCACCUCAGCAUCUCGGCCCUGCGGCCCCGGCUCUGGGGAGGUGGACACCGGCAGCACACUGGCCGCGCAGAGGCCCUACGGCCCCAGGGCGCUGUAUACCUGCACGCCCGCUGGGCACCCUGCCACUGCUGCCAGCCUGCCGCUGGAAGCAAAAAGGCCUGCGUCCUACCAACACUUGUCCAGCAGCGUGCUCCAGAAGAGAAACUACGAGAACUUUAUUGGGAAUGCACAUUAUCGACCAAAUGACAAAAAAACUUGAUUUCCUGUGGGGGAGGAAAGGCGCUGCCGGAUGUGAGCGCGUACUCCCCGCAGAAUUAAAGUUGAGCUCAUCCUUUGAGAAGCGAGGGGAAGCUACUGAAAUAAGCUGUGAUUGUACUGUACACACGGGAUGUGUGAGCAACACUACAGUUGGGUAAAGUUGUUCUGUUAACUUUUGUACCAAAUAGCAAUAAAAAAAACCAGUUGGAACCGUUGGGCUACACGUGUAGGAACACAUGGGGACCGGCAAUGGCUUCGUGUUGUCCCUGAGUGCUAUUUUUUUUUAGGAUUGACCAAAUAAAGCGGAGUUUUGCAUACUUGAGCGCUGCUGAACAGACGUCACUGGGGCGGGCGGGGGGUGGGUGGGGAAAGUGUAUACUGCUUGCACCUCAGGUAAAAAUCUGUACAUAUCUAAGUGUAAACCUGCUUGUUUAAAUACUGUGUCCUCCUCUUCUCUCUGGAGCUCAACACUUGUCGCCGUUCCUGCUCUUUGUGCUCAUUCAUUUAAAAGUGUAUGUUUUUUAAAAAAAUUCUCUGUAUUACGUGGGAAACUCUGCCACCCACCUUGCUGACCUCCGAGGACCACCUCCUCACCCUGUGCCGGGUCUGCGGCUGCAGGGCUGUCACCGGUGUGUGUCCCCGGCAGAGCACCAGGAGCCACCGCGUCCGUCUCUCGUCACUUGUGUUGAGAAAUUCAGCUUCCUGGGGGUGCUUGUGCUUGGCUGCGUUAGCCUGUAAGUGCUGACCUGCACGUGCGAAGAUGAGCCUGGGAAGCCGCUGUAAAGGAAUCGGGAGGCCGGGGUGUGGGGUCCCUGACUGCGGCUCUCGGCGCGCCUGCCCCCGUGGCUGAGCGCGGAGGACACGGUGGCUCCCGGGCCCAGGGAGAGGAGGCUGCGUCCUCCCCUUCUGGGCUGUGGUGCAGUCCGGGUUUAUGCCAGGGCCCCGUGUCGCAGCACACUUGUGUUUUUUAAUGUUGUCCAUGGCUGAGUUUAUCCAGCAGUUCAUGAGUUUAGCAACCACAGAAUAUAUUUUUAUGAAGAAAACUGUUUCAAAAUUAAAUUUGCACUGCUCAUGUUUCUUGCCCUGAUGUCCCCUGAGGAGGGAAGUGCGCAGAGUCCUGUUUUUCCUUCUUACUAUGCGGCAUGAGGUGUCCUCGGUUAGAGCGCAGUCUUAACUCCAGGGUUCAGGGGCCUCACCCCGGAUCAGCCCGGCACUGCGGGAAGUGCUCUGUAUCACGAAAGUGUACACGAUUCCCUGUUUCCUGUUCACAAGCUGAGCCAUGUGUAUAUAAUCUAGAUUUUUGUUUUCAUAGUUUUGCACUUUUUAUAGCCUAUUUUUGAAGAUUAACACAUUUGCAAAAAUGAUUGAUUCAGUCUUUGCCUAAUCCAGUGAGUGUUACAGAAAGCUUGCUGUGAUACAAAUGUAAAUCUUAAAAGUGGUAUGUGAUAAUAGCAGGCUGAAAUUUAAACCUGUAUUUAAAAAAAAAUCACCAAAUCUAUGUGGAAACAAAUCAAUUUGUGUUGUGCUGAAAUGUUGUGGGCUUUCGCAUCUUUUUUCCAGCUACAUUUCUGAGUGCAUAAAAAUAGCAAUUUUUGUAACAGCCCUUCAAAAUGUUUUUGUCCAUCAGUAUUAACUAUUGGAAUACUACUGCUUUUGUAUGUUUUUUUCUUUUGAGACAACAGGACAUUUAAUAGAGGUACAAUUCAUUGAAUUUUUGUUUAUGUAUUUAUUUCAUUCCAGUUUGAUUUAUUUUAAUUGUUACUUGUCAAAACAGUAGACAUUACUUAUUUUAUUUAUGAUAUAUUUCAGCUUAAAGUUAUGUUAUUAUAUGUGGAUGUAAAUAUAGAUUUGGUGUUUUACAA